AUGAUGCCGAGUCAAACAACAUGCACCAGAUAUACACGACGCUUUGCAGCUCACAAUGUCAUCUUUCAAGGUGCCCUGAUGGUGGGGGCCACUGCACUUUUUCUUGGAGCAGACAAAGGCGGCGGCAGUCUGGUGAAGAAAGUCUACCUUUGGUUUCAGGGGCUAAUUUACGAUGUGGAUCUUGAUUUUGACGGUUCUGGAGAGGAUGCAGCAUCAGGUGGAGAUGCUUGCUAUCAUUUGUUCUUAAAGUUUGUCUUUGGCGGCAAUAAGCAUAGCCAGCUGAAGGGCAUUGUCAAGGGUGGAGGAAGCAAUAGCGGUGGUGGUUUCACAAACGGGAAAAUGAAGGAAGAGCUUGUGAGAAAGGGCUUGGCUAACGAGAAUGAAUACAUUCACUGCCCAUGCACCUUGCACAAUGACCAGACCAAUCUUCGAAAUGCUACUGAAAGCAUCUUUGGUGAAGGUGGAAUUGAGAAAAGGAAUGCUAUGCAACUAUUGCAUGCGCUAUCGGACUUCCAAAACGAUUUUUCUGACAAAGACCUAUACUUAGAUCUGCUAGAAGCUGCACAUCAUGAUAAAUUUCCUUCCAUUGAUGCAGGAGCCAAUUGCAACAAGGUGGAAGACAAUUGGAAUGGCUGCCAGGUACAUUCACAAGCAUUUUGCUGCCCUUGUCCACUUUGUCAGGGCCAUUUGCGACGUCGAGAGAACCCAUUUGUACAGGAAUAA